AUGGGUUGCAAGAAAAAGAUGGGAAAAAAUAAAAGGAAAAUUUAUCCUCUUCUAUCAUUUCAUGAAUUACCAGAUUAUAUGAAGGAUAAUGAAUAUAUUAUGAAUUAUUAUAGAGUUAAUUGGCCUCUCAAAGAGGCUUUCUUCAGCUUAUUUCGUUGGCAUAAUGAAACUCUUAAUGUAUGGACGCAUUUAGUUGGAUUUAUAUUCUUUUUGGGAUUGACAACUUGCAAUCUGAUGCAUGUCCCUCAAGUGGCAGAUUUCAUCACAAUGUUUACAGGACAUUUUCCUUCGAGUGCAGAUGCUAAUGUGUCUAAUAAUUCUAAAGGUUUUUCACUGGGGCAAAAAAAAUUAAUAGAUCUGAAGCAAGAAUCCCAUCUGAAUAUGGAUGUUACAUCCCCAGAAAUGGCUGCAGUAAGUUGGCCAUUUUAUGUGUUUUUAGGUGGUUCCAUGUUCUGUCUCUUCUCAAGCAGCAUUUGCCAUCUCUUUUCCUGCCAUUCCCAUCACUUAAAUUUUCUGCUUUUGCAAAUGGAUUAUGUGGGAAUAACUGUCAUGAUAAUCACCUCAUUUUUCCCUCCAAUUUACUACAUUUUCCAAUGUACUCCCCACUGGCAAAUUGUUUAUCUUACUGGAAUAACUAUAAUGGGGAUUUGCACUAUCAUAACCUUGCUUUCUCCGGCCUUCUCGGCCGGAAAAUAUCGUGCCUUUCGAGCCAGUCUGUUCAUGUCCAUGGGGUUAUUUGGCCUUAUACCUGCAGUCCAUGCUCUGGUUGUGAACUGGAACGAUCCACACAGGAAUAUAACGCUUGCCUAUGAGUCGGUUAUGGCGCUGUCAUAUCUGAUAGGGACUUUAUUUUACAUUAGCCGGAUUCCUGAGCGGUGGAAACCCGGGUGGUUCGACCUCGCCGGUCACAGUCAUCAGAUAUUCCAUGUGUUUGUGAUCAUGGGGGCAUUGGCACAUUAUGGUGCUGCACAAAUUUUCUUGAGGUACCGCAGUAGAAUGGGGUGUGACUAA